AUGUCGCUCACUCAGCCCCCCAAAGCACUCCUGACCGACGUCUUUGGCACCGUCGUCGACUGGCGCGGCACCGUAACCACGCACCUCACCAACGCAGCCAGCAGCGCCCUCAACUCGAGCGCCGGCUCCCUACCCAGCGCCACGCGCGCCGCCGCGGCGACCGUCUCCUGGCCGGCCUUCGCGCAAGAAUGGCGCUCAUCAUACUACCACUUCACGCGCACGUACGACCCGGCCAAAGGCGGACCCUUCAAGUCCGUGGACCAGCACCACCUGGACUCGCUGAUGGAGCUGCUGGACAAGUACGGCAUCGCGGACCUGUGGGCGCCCGAGGAGGUGCACAAGCUGAGCUUGAUUUGGCAUUUUUUGGACCCGUGGCCGGAUUCGGCGCCCGGGUUGGGGCUGUUGAAUGGCAAGUUCGAGACGUGCACGCUCAGUAAUGGGAACACGUCGCUGUUGCAGGACCUGGCAACGCAUGGGGAGUUGCCGUACAAGCAUAUCUUCAGUGGGGAGGACUUUCAGGCGUACAAGCCGCAUGAGAAGGUGUAUAGGGGGGCGGCGGGGAAGUUGGGACUGCGGGAAGGGGAGUGUGCACUUGUGGCGGCGCAUCUGGGCGAUUUGGAGGCGGCGAGGGGCUGUGGGUAUCAGACGAUCUAUAUUGAGCGGGAACAGGAAGAGGGGUGGAAAGAGGAUAAAGUCAAGGAGGCCAAGGGUUGGGUUGAUAUGUGGGUGAGUCUAGGUGAGGGCGGUUUUGAGGAGGUGGCCAGAAGGUUUGGUUGCAGUGGUGAGGGAAGUGGAAAGCUAUAG